UACAGGUAGUCACCAAAACCUAGCAUCCGAUGCUCUGUACUUUUUACAUUGUGGACUGCUGUGGGUGGGAGCCUGACUCUCCUUCCCGGCCGGGCCUCUAUCACAGAUCCUUCCGCCCUCUCCGCCUCCGACACGGUGUUUCAGUCGCACUCAAAGCAAAGGGGAGCACGAUCCGAAGAUAACGAGGAGAAAUUAAAGACAAGAACUGCGACUGAUGGAUGGGUGUUAUGACGCUUUCUGGACGUAUAUGAAGUGAGAAGGUUCGCACCGACCGACUAGAACCCAAGGUGAAACCAAACAUUAUUGACUGGUUUCUCAGGUCCUAUUCAGAGGGUGACUAAAUGCAACUAGGUCAGAUUGUAUGUUGGCAUGAAGUGGUUGGGCGAAUCCAAGAACAUGGUAGUGAAUGGCAGGAGAAAUGGAAACAGAUUGUCUGCUGAGCAUCGACAGAACCAGCCAAAAUUGCACAGCUCCGGAAGAGAGAAUUUAAGAACCAGCAAAAAUGUUCCAGACAGAAGAUCAGGCAGGUUUGCUAAUGUAGCUUUUGAAACACAAAGCCGCUAUGUACCUUCAUCUGGAAUGUCAGCCAAGGAGCUGUGUGAAAAUGAUGACCUUGCUACCAGUUUGGUCUUGGAUCCCUACUUAGGAUUUCAGACACACAAAAUGAAUACCAGAUUUCGCCCUAUAAAAGGACGCCAGGAAGAGCUAAAGGAGGUGAUUGAAAACUUUAAGAAAAGUGAACAUCUUGAAAAAACCUUUAAAAAUUUAGUAGCAGGCGACUGGGCUCGGCACUAUUUCCUCAACAAGAACAAAGCGCAAGAAAAGCAUUUCAAGGAGCAUGUUUUUAUCUACUUGAGAAUGUUUGCAACUAGCAGUGGGUUUGAAAUCCUGCCUUGCAAUAGAUACUCCUCAGAGCGAAAUGGAGCCAAAAUAGUUGCAACAAAAGAAUGGAAACGGAAUGAUAAAAUUGAGCUUCUUGUGGGCUGCAUUGCAGAAUUAACUGAAGCAGAGGAAAAUAUGCUUCUACGGCAUGGGGAAAAUGACUUUAGCGUCAUGUAUUCCACAAGGAAAAACUGUGCUCAACUGUGGCUAGGGCCCGCUGCCUUUAUUAACCAUGAUUGCCGGCCUAACUGUAAGUUUGUAUCCACUGGCCGUGACACCGCAUGUGUAAAAGCUCUCCGAGAUAUUGAGCCUGGAGAAGAGAUUUCCUGUUAUUAUGGGGAUGGCUUUUUUGGAGAAAACAAUGAAUAUUGUGAAUGCUACACAUGCGAAAGGCGUGCAACUGGUGCUUUUAAAUCACGUGUUGGACUUAAUGAACCAGGCCCUGUGAUAAACAGCAAAUAUGGACUUCGAGAAACAGACAAACGCUUAAAUCGUCUAAAAAAACUUGGAGAUAGCAGCAAAAACUCCGACAGCCAGUCAGUCAGCUCUAAUACUGAUGCAGACACAUCUCAGGAAAAAGACACUUCAAAUAGAAAAUCUAUUGGAAUGAGAAAGAAAAGUAAAAGCAGAUCACUGAGGAGACAGUCAGUGUCAAGAAUUCCAGUUUCAUCAUCUUCUACCUCAUCCAAGCUUCCUCACAUUAAUAAUUCCAGGGUACCAAAGAGACUAAGAAAGCCUGUAAAGCCUUUACAUUCAAAAUUAAAGAUAAGAUGUCAUCGCAAAAAAGCUGAGCAGAAGAAAGCCUCUAAGAAGCUUGAAGUUUCGAACUUGGUUCUUAAAGAACCUAAAGUUGUGCUGUAUAAAAACUUGGCAAUCAAGAGGGAUAGAGAAAGUCAGGGUGCAGUUCAAUUUACGGAAACUACUGGUUGUUUGACGAGACACGCUGCAAGAGAAUAUAAACUAAAUUCCUUAAAAGGUGCUCAUCCACAUGGUGAAUCUUCACCAUGUACUUAUAUCACUCGGAGUUCCUUGAGAACUAGAUUUAAAUCCAAGGAUAUGUCAGAGGCCAAGCUUCAACCAAAUACAGUCGAUGGUUAUAGAAGCAGCCAUGGAACUGUUACACAGUUAGAUACAGGUGAACCACUUUGUCAGUCAACUCGUAAAAAUGAAAUGCUUCAAGAAACCUCAAGACAAAGUAUCAGAUUUCAGAGGAAUAACUUAAACACAUCUAGAAGAAAGUGUCGACAAAAUAGAUAUAUCAAGCAAGCUUCAAAAGUUGAAGAUUCAGUAUCUAUUUAUAAUUCAUCCAGCAAAGACAAUGCAUUACCAGACUUAGGAAAUUCACAUUGUGAUUUAGGUGAAGGAAAUUUCAAAAGCUCUGCAGAUGAAUACCCUCUAGUGACUUCUGAAAUUACUAAGACAAAAAAAAAUAUUCGGACAGUGAAAAAUAAAAAAAGCAGACGAAUAACCAGAUAUGAUGCACAAUUGAUUCUUGAAAACAGCACUGGAAUUCCAAAGCUAACCCUUCGAAGGCGACAUGACAGUAACAGUAGCAAGACCAAUGAAAAGGAGAAUGAAGGGAUGGGUUCAUCAAAAAUAAGCAUUAAAUUAAGCAAGGAUCACGAAAAGGACAAGAACAGUUUGUAUGUUGCAAAGCUCAACAAUGGUUUUAACUCAGGAUCAGGGAGCACUUCAACAAAGUUGAAGAUACAGUUAAAGCGGGAUGAGGAGAAUAGGAUGGCUUUUCCUAAUGAGAAUGGCAUGUAUUGUAGUGAUACAUUAUCUCUGUUGGGAACAAGAAUGGAAGUUGAUGGUUAUGAUCAGUUUGAGGAGGAAAGUGUUGAAGAAUCCUCCACAGAAGAAGAUGGAGAGGAGGAAGAUGAGUUUGAUGAUGAAUUUGAAGAUGAUUUUAUCCCCCUCCCUCCAGCAAAACGUUUGAGACUUAUUGUUGGAAAGGACUCGAUAGACAUUGAUAUAUCUUCCAGAAGGAGAGAAGAUCAAUCCUUGAGACUCAAUGCAUAAAACACAUUUUAGAUUGACUGGAACACUCAUUUCUAUUCAUAACUUUAAAAAAAUAAUUCCAUUGAAUUAUUCCUAAACUGAUGAACUGUAUGUACAUUUUAGAUGGCACUUCCGUAUUGUUAGUCCACUAUGAACUGAAAUUGUAGAAAGUGUACAGCAAACCAACUUAAAUUUUUGAUUUUUAUUGUACUUUUUAACAGUCUUCUUACGUGCAAUUUUGAGUUGAAAAAGUGGGUCCUGUUGUACAUUACAGGAGGCAUUUGUAUAUAAAUCAUAAACUUUCCAUGCAGGACGAUAAAAUAAAAAAAGAAUGUGGCUACUCAAUCAUACCUUUUUUUUUUCUUGUUAAUUUUAUAGGAAUUGCUCUGUAUUAUACAAAAAAGAAAAUCACAGUAGUGGCAUAUUACAGUUUUCUAGUAUGUUAUCACCAGCAGCGAAUUUUACAGCUUUCAGACUUAUUUGCCAGUUGUCUUGUCCACCCUAAUUUCUGUCAGGAGGUCCUGUAUUUACACUGUAAAUGCUAAAAUGAUAGUACUGUCCAUGGCCUUUGCUCAUAGCCAAUUCUUUAUUAGAGUUAAACUAUGAUUUCUUCUAAAGGAAAACAUUUUAAAGUGAUUGGUUUGCUGAUCCAUUUAGUCCUAUGUACAGACCAGGAACAAGCUAUAUGCAGAAUUCAAAGUUGGGUAUGGUGUAUUUAUUGCUUGUUAUAUAACAUUAAGGCAAAAAAGAAAACUUGUAUUUAACUCUUUUCAAACAUUUUUAGAUAAAAAUUGUUCUUUGCAGGAAUUGGUGCUUACAUUUUUUCAUGGAAAAAAUGCUGUGAAAUAAAAAAAAAAUGUGACAAGGAAGAAAUGUACCCAUUCAAUUGCAGCUGUCAAAUCAUUUGUAUUUUUCUUUAAUUUGUGUUGAAUUUUGCACUUUGACAAGACUACAACUGACUGAAUAUCUUGAAUCGACUUCUAACAGUGUAGAAAAUAAUUAGUAAGCUGAAAGGUUUCAGUUUUUCUCCCAUGUAUAGUACUAACACUGUAUAUACUAAUGUAUACUAAUGUAAAUAUAUGUGUUGUGAGGAUCCUUUUUUUUUUCUUUUUUCCAUUCAGAAAUGAUUUACCAUAUAUGAAAAAGGUUUUUAAGUUAAGUACUCAUGCCAAUAAAAUAGGAUAUUGUAAACCUA